AUGUGUCAAUAUUCAAUCGAUGAUUAUGAUCCUUAUCAAUCAUCAUUGAAUGAAAUAAUUUAUCAAUUGUAUUCGCAUAAAUAUGAACCAACUACAUUUACAUGUUACGUCCAUUUACAAUGUAAUCGUGGUUCGGCUCUAUCUUGUCUCGACUGGAGUGAAAUUUGUGAUGAAAAAAUUGAUUGUAUUGAUGGAGGACAUGAUGAAGAAUACUGUUGGCAACUUGAAAUCAAUGAUUGUGGAAAUGAUGAAUAUCGAUGUAACAUUGAACAAUGUAUACCUUAUGCAUUCUUUCGUGAUGAUUCUCUUAUUCCUAAUUGUCUUGAUGCAUUUGACGAAGUUUCGAAGUUUCAAGAUAAACGUGACAAUUGUGAUAAAAGUGAACCAACAUUUGCAUGCGAAGACGUUACAAUAUGCGAUGGUUAUACUGAAUUGAUACCAAUAACUAUUAAUGGACUAAAUGAAACAGAAUGUGAACAAUGGCAAUAUAAUAAUACAUAUACACGUUGUGAUGAUUUCUGGAAUUGUCUUUAUAGAGCCGAUGAAAUUGAUUGUGAUUCAUUAUCAUUAUUAGCUUGUUCUCUUCAUCAUCACAUUUUUUUAUCAACUGAAACGAAACGACUUACAUAUCUAUCAAUCGAAAAAGCCAAUGAUGGUAAAAUAGAUUGUUUUGGUGCCAUUGUCGAACCUAAAUUUUGCCGAGAAAAUCAUUAUUUACCUUCUGAUAACAAUUUUUUACUGCAAAAAUGA